AUGGGGAUUCCCGAGAUUGGAGAUCACAUGAAUGUUGGUGUUUUUCUCCUCUUUGAUGGAGACUGGAAAACUGAUGAUUGCGGGGUUAGUUCUUUUGUCUCAAGUUCGUGUCGUGGUGUGAAUGUACCCCGAAAUGCUACAUAUGAAGAGUUAGCUUCAAUUGUCUAUAAUUCUAUUGGUGUGGACAAACUAAGAUAUGACUUAGUGUUCAAGGCUUGGAGGUCAAGGGAAAAUGCCUUAAUGGCGGUGCGAGGAACUGUGGAGGAUUCCUAUGGUGAAUUGCCAUCCUACCUGUUCAUGUUGCAUAAGAAGAACCCAGGAUGUUGUCGUCCUGUAUUGUGCAUCGAUGCCAGCUUCCUUAAGCACAAAGUUAGAGGUCAACUACUGGUUGCGAUAGCAUUGGAUGCGAACGAGCAACUAUAUCCCGUUGCUUUUGGUGUCGUUGAUUUAGAGAAUAAUAACUCUUGGACAUAUUUCAUGCAACAACUAAGGUUGACAAUUGGAUCAGUCCCGAAUCUCAUCUUCAUAUCCGAUAGACACCCAAGUAUUGCCAACGCCUUGUCCGCGGUUUUUCCAAAAGCACAUCACAGUGCAUGCACAUACCACAUCAAAAUGAAUAUAGUGGCCAAAUUUAAAACGGAUAACUGCCAUGUUGAGUUUGAUUUGGCUUCUCGCGCAUACACCGAGUCCAUGUUUCAGAAGCAUUUUGACAAGAUCAGAACUAAAGACCCUAUGAUUGCUCAAUAUUUGGAACAAAUUGGAGUGGAGAGAUGGAGUCGUGCUUUUUUCCCCGGUUCGCGAUACAAUCAAAUGACAAGUUUUACUCAACUGAAUCGUGGUGCAUGGCUUAUGCGGAGACAUGUUAUCCAGUUUUUCAUCAUAAUGAAGCUUGGGACAUUCCCGAACAUAUCAAGAAAUGAGUCUGCCUAA